GGUCGCGAACCUCCCACUCCUUGGCGUAGCGCGGCGCUGAUUGACAGUUGGCGAACGACUGCGGACGGCGCAGGAUCUAAAACCGCGCUAGGCGCUGCUCUCCACGCUCGCUCGGUUCGCUCGUCUCUUACCCGUGGAUCUACCCGGUGCUUUUUCGUGGGGGAAGAACUCGAAACACGCAUAUUCCCGUGGCUGCCUUUGCCCGCCGGCCCGCGCGCAACAUAUACACCGACCUACCGCCUUCUGUCCGCCCGGAGUUACGAGUGGCACACGCAGUAGUAGUUACGGUCAGGGAGGAGGGUCGGCCGCCGUCUACGCGGACAGCUCUCUCGCGCGUCUCCUCUUCUCUCUCUGCGCGACACACCGGUUCGUUCAGUAAACGCCGCGAGGAGGAACGCGCUUCUUCUUACGCGACUCCGUCGUCGACGUUACCCUUCGGGUUUUUGCCACCGUUCCGCACGAGAGAUAUCAGUUUCGACGCGUACGCCGAUGUGUGUCCAUCGCGGCACGGUUUGGAAGAACCGCGCGGAUCAGAAUCGGGCCGCGCCACCAACGGGGGAUCGAUCGAUCGCGGCAACGUCGCGGAUUUAAAGCGCCCAAGUGUUGACUGUUUUCCACCGGGUGGCGGUGCCGACCAGCUCCGUCGAGACACGGUCACGGGUUCUCAGUGCUGACGGAGUCGCGCGCGCGAACGUCCACCUGUCCCCCGCGAGUGGAACCGAGAGCACCGACGCGUUGACUUGGCGCCAAUACGCGCACCGUCCGCGAAGGAUGUAAAAGCGUGCAUCGACAGUGACCCAUACGUUCUCUACGAAGGUGUUUUAACGUCGUUAUCAUCUGUGAAACAGUGCCGGAGCUAAGAUAAUCGUGAUCGACGCGCACACGGAGUGGACAAGAGCAGCCCCAAUCAGCUUAAUCGUGAUUAAUAACGAGAUCGUGUACGUAGUGAAUAUCCGUCGGUUCAGUUUCGAGCAGCGCGAUCGCGAGUUGUAUCCGUCGGUGAUCCGAGAGUAGGUCUCGUCCGCGUAUUGUAUUCUUCGUUCGUAGUCCCGUUACACCGAGAGAGUCCACAGAUAACGCUCGACAAUCGAAUCGAAAUAUCGAAUCGGGAGCAAAAGGUAUCCGAAAGUCUAUUCAGGAGGACAGCGUGCGCAUGAGAGACCACGUGCUCAAGCGAUAGAGAGGAUAAUGUCGCGGCACUGACACGUCACGUCGAGGCAAGGUCUCUGGGCGUCUGGUCAGCGGUACUUCCGGCGUUGGCCGCGACGAUGAGGAAGCACGCGUGUCCGGCCGUAGCCGUGGUCCUCCCGCAGCGUUCAAGCGCGCGAGCCGAGCUCUGCUGACGCUCGCUUCGAUUCAUCGCCGUCACAGCGUCUCGUCGCCGGUCGACUCGGAUCCGGGGAUCCUCGAGGGCCGACGGAGCCGCGAACCUCAGCAUCCAGCAGCCCCCAGGCCGACGUUUCGCGUCCAGGGUCGGCGAACGACCCGUUAGCACGCCCAAGGACUCUCACUGCCGACGGCCACCAGCGGCGUUUCCCGUCUGUCUCUCGGUCCAGACGCGGCCGAUCGCGCGAUCAUAAGUGCGACGAACCGGGCUCACGAAUAUCCGCGAAAAGUGCUGGAAUCGCGUGUGUGUGUGUGAGAAGUGGUUAUACUUGCUUAUACUGUGGGAAAAUACAGCCGCUACGGUGGCUCAGCACGCAGAGUUCCCCGGCGCGGCCAGGGCGUUCAUGGCGCAGCCAAGGUACGACGAUGGCGGGCUGCACGCGGGUUACCUCGAGGGCGGAGGUGGCGGCGGUGGCGCAGGGCUGUACGAUCCACACGGGAGCGCCCGAGGUGUACCGGGCCUCCAUCACAGUCCUCACCUCGGGGGUAUGGGACCAGCACACCCCCAAUACCCCCCGCCACCGCCACAGCCACCCCAACAUGUUCUCGCGGCGGCGGCCGCGGCUGCUGCGUCUGCGGUGCCCGAUGUCCACAAACGCGACAAGGACGCCAUCUACGGACACCCCCUGUUCCCGCUUCUCGCGCUGAUCUUCGAGAAGUGUGAGCUGGCGACGUGUACACCACGUGAACCAAGUGUCGCGGGCGGUGACGUGUGCUCGUCAGAGAGCUUCAACGAGGACAUUGCUGUCUUCUCCAAACAGAUCAGACAAGAGAAACCCUACUACAUCGCGGAUCCGGAGGUGGACUCGUUGAUGGUCCAGGCGAUCCAGGUCCUCCGGUUUCACCUCCUCGAGCUCGAAAAGGUGCACGAGCUGUGCGACAACUUCUGCCACCGGUACAUCAGCUGCCUGAAGGGCAAGAUGCCGAUCGACCUGGUGAUCGACGACAGGGAGAGCUCGAAACCCCCGGAGAUUGGUAACGGUCUGGACGGUGGCGGACCGAGGAGCACCGCCGACAGCACCAGCCACACGGACGGAGCCAGCACGCCGGACGUCAGGCCACCCUCCUCGUCGCUCUCGUACCCCGGAGCGGGUGGUAACGACGAUGCACGCAGCCCUGGAAGCGGGGGCACGCCAGGACCCCUCAGUCAACAAGCGCCCACCAGUCUGGACUCCUCGGAUCCCGACGCCAUGGGUAAGUGUUGGCGACUCGAUUCUCCGAGCUGGAUCCGUGGCCGCAGUAAAUGGUGUCCGCGUAGGGAAUGGAGUUCACCGCCAGACGCGCAGCGAGCGGCUAGCGACGCGCGUCGCGGCGUUCUUUACUCUUCCGUCUUCCUCGGUAGUCCCGGUGACGCGAGUAACGCGAGUAUCGGCAGCGGCGAGGGCACCGGCGAGGAAGACGACGAUUCUACGGGUAAGAAGAACCAGAAGAAGAGGGGCAUCUUCCCUAAGGUCGCGACCAACAUCCUCAGGGCGUGGCUGUUUCAACACCUCACGCAUCCGUACCCUUCGGAAGACCAGAAGAAGCAGCUGGCACAGGACACGGGGUUGACGAUCCUUCAAGUUAACAACUGGUUCAUCAACGCGAGGCGUAGAAUCGUCCAGCCAAUGAUCGACCAGAGCAAUCGAGCCGUGUUUCCACCAUUGUCCGCAGGUCCGAGCGGGGCAUACAGUCCGGAUGCGACGAUGGGCUACAUGAUGGACGGACAGGCGGCGAGCAUGAUGCACCGGCCGCCCGGCGAUCCCACCUUCCACAAUCAGUACCAUUACCCGCCAGAGUACUAUGGACAUCACUUAUAAAGCAGUAGUCGCGAGUCAAGGUAGACGAUGGAAUGACGGUCCUUGCGGAACGGGAAACGUAGAAGCGUGACGGAAGCACCGUGCUCCGGUCGGCGUUGAAGCGAGCGCAGGGUGAUCAGCGUGAAACAAGGAAGAAAUUUCUCGGCCACGCUGCGCGUCGAGGCUCGCGGUGCCGGAUACUCGAGACGGGACGCGGAGGAUCGGGAGGAAGCAGCCGUGGAAUCGCACCGCGAAGAAAGAUGGCGGUGCGCAGUGUCGAGGGACGCCGUUCGCCGCGAAGAAUCCCAGGGAAAGGUCUCCGGUAACGAGGACGAAAGAGGAAAAAAAAAAAGAGAAACGAGAUACGACCGACAGAGGGAGAGAGAGAGAGAGAGAGAGAGAUGCGUCUGAACGCGGGAUCCAGAAAGCAAGGGUGGGGAAAGGGAAGAAGAGGGUAGUGCGGCUUCGCGAACGGGACGAGGAGCCGCGUGGAAAUUCAUGUGAUUGUUCUGUGUACAAAAUGUCGCGGUGUAAUAUUUGUAGUGAUCGAAGAUGAAUUUAAAUGUUAAAUUUUAAUACGGUCGCGAUCGAGCUAUAUUAACGAGAGAGAAAAUAAAAGGGACAUGGAUAACACGAGUGAUAUAGGCAAUUUAGCGGGCGUGUACAUUAAGGAAAGAAAACGAGAUGAGAGAGGCGAGGGAGAGAGAGAGAGAGGAGGAGGAGGAUAGAGGGAGGUUUGAACCCGGUGCUCGCACGUAUCCGUGAUAGAUAGGGAUUUGUCCAGUGUGCAAAAUGGCGACGAGAAGAAACGCGUGGGAGAGAAAUACGGAGAGCGGUGGUUACCGGACAACAAAGUGGACGAGAGACGGGGGGGAAAAAAAAUAAGAUCGAGUAUAUGUAUAUAUAUAUAUACACAGAAUACGCGCGCGCAGAGGACGCAAACCGUGUGUAUAGAUAUAUACGGGUAUAUAAAUAAAUAUAAAUAGAGAAGAGAAUUUUUAGAGGCGCGUCGUUUCGAGCAAACGGAUACAGAUAUUAAAAAGAAAAUGGAAAAAAACGGUACUGAGAGACGAAAACGAUUUUAACGAGGAAUUUUCCAACGUGCUGUACGAAAAUUCGAAGCGAGGCGCGAACGACGCGCAAGAGGAGACGGUGAACGGAUUUAAAAAGAGGGGGAAAAAAGUAACCGUUUAGGACGAGGAAUGAAAUCGACGCGUGUGCCGGAUUCGAGCGUCGACCACAUUCACUUGCAUAUAUAUAUAGGUGACAUUGAAAUUUGUACAGUUAUUAAUUAUAAAUGAAUUUACUGAUUUAAGGAGGAAGUAAUUAUAUAUAUAAAUAUAUACAUAACUGAAGUAACAUGUGGCCCCGGUUGUAAUAUAUAUAUAAGCGAGCGUUUUAAUUGGACUGGGACGAUUAUUCUCGCGUGUGUUGCCGUGUUCGGUGUGCGUAGAGGUGGGUACAAAAGACGCGGGACGACGCUAAUGGCGACGCUGGCCCCCGACGUUAACGGUGCGAGUGUGUGAGCGCGUGAAUGUGGAUGUUUCGCGCGGGCGUCCACGGUGAGGGAUUAUACAGCGUAUAUGUAUAUGUAUAUAUAUUUAUAUACACACAGAAAAACAAAAAAAAAAUAUACAUAUAUAUAAAUAUAUAAAUACAAAAGUAUGGAUACCUGCGAGAGGAUCGGACGCUCUACGUCGUCGGAUCCCUUCUACCCCACCUGACCCGACUCCACACAGUGAGAAAGAGAGAGAGAGAGAGAGAAAGGCAGACACGCGUAAACUCGACACACACGUACACGCACGUUCGCAUACAUACACGUACACACACGUACACAUGCGUGAAAUGAGCGUUAUUACCCCCUCCCCCCCUCACAGCCCCGUCUGCCCACACCGUAAGGAUAAUUAAAUGAACCCAAACGGGCGAACGAGUACACGAUUACAGUUUAUCAUAUAAUAUAUUGUGUAUAAAUAGUUAAUUGAACCGCGGCGAACGUGGAGAAGGGCGAAAGGGCGAAAUUCGAUUUCUACGGCCCCUAUGGUGUUUCGCGACCGCCACCGUUCGCUCGUCGUUCGUCUUCUCUGUUUCUCUGGUUGGACCAGUGUGAUCCUCCGCGAGGCGGAGAACGAGAAUCCGGGAAAGACGAGCCACAACGAGCAAGGAUCGAGCACGAUUAUUUCCUACUCUUCCUCGCUUUCCUGCGAUCGUCCUUUUGGGCCUGGUUUCUCGUUUGACGGGGACAGGAUUCGUUUGACUCGAGUUCACGCGGAGAUUGAUCGUCGUUGAUGGAGUUUAACUCCCCGUCGCUCGGUCGUACCAUUUCGUUCAUCGAAUUCUCAGGCUUUUCGGGGGAAACACCAAAUUUCGAGUUACGACAUCAUUUUCGUGUCCUUUGAACUUUCGAAACUUUAAUUUUACUUUUAUAUACAAGUUUGUAUAUUUUCUUUAAAAAUUACUAAAUUUGGAAGCAAAAUUGUAGACUACAAUACUCGGUAGCUUCUUAAUUGGGACACAAUGUACGAUGUCAAUCUUGGUGUCAUAUCUUUCGUAGGGUGCAAUCGCGAGGGGAUGUUUUUUUUUAAAGCUUGAAGCGAAUUUACCAAAUUCAUAUUUAAUACUAUCCGAGGACCAACUACAUCGAAUACUUAAUUAAACAGUAGAAUUUUAAUUCAUUCUAAAACCUAUAUACUAAAAUCACGAAGGUCCACUUACUCUACACGUUUCUCGCUGUUCUAGAGAAUUUUUUAAAAUAAUUUAUUCCAGUGCACCGCGACGAAGGUUCAUCGAUCAAUCUCAAUUCCAUAUCUUUCUAUCGAACACAGUUCCACGUAUAGAAUUUUAAUUCGUCCACAAAGCUAUACACGAAAAUCACGAAGGUCCACUUUGCGCUUUUAUCGAUCGAAGCAACUGUUUCGCGUUGCUCUAGAGAAAUUUUCAGAAUAAUUUAUCCCGUUACGUCCGGGCGGUGGUUCAUCGAUCAAUCUCAAUUUCAUAUCUUUCCACGGGAUAUUGUUCCGCGAGCCGUAUAAUUAUUAAUUCCCCGUAAUCGCUGGAACGUACUUAAAAUUCAGGAAAGAAAGGAAGAAGGGAAGAAAUCUGGAACACGCGAACGGAGCGAGGCAACACGGGGCGACACGUUUUUCGCGCGACCCUUUGUAACGAUACUCCGCGGAAUCGGAGCGUGUUUAUCAAGAGAGACUGGAUACAGUGUGAGAGGGAAUGGCGAGAACGUUGAAAUUUCAAUAAAUUAAACGUCGAUUAUACGUCGGAGCCGAUUAGCGACGAUGUAGCGACGCGCGGGUCCCCCGUGGCGCGCGGGAAAAUUCGAAAAUCGCGCGGCGAACGAUGACGCAUCGAUCAUCGUUCCGGACUGUUUAGCGCUCGGAUCGACGAGAGAGACAACGGGGGAUCCGCGACGCGAGACAGGGAACGAGAGAGACCGUGAGAGAGAGCGAGAGAGAGAGAGAGAGGCUGCGAGAGAAAAAAUGGACGCGUGCGAACGAGAGAAACGCAGAGCAUACGAGAGAAAUUUUAUCGAUAUUUUCAAUACGCCCGCAUACACGCAGAUCUUGUAUAAAAAAAUUUUAAAUGUAAACACACUGCUCCUGCCGCGCGUCGCCGAUCGUUCGAGGCCCCCAGCUUGUCGUUCGCUCGAUCCGCGAUCGACGGAAUCCACGGAUCUCCAUCGAGCCGUCGACGCGCGAACGACUCGCGGUUUCCUUCGAUCUCGUCGCAGCGGCGUGUUAGUAUACUGAAGAAAAAAAAAAAAAAACGAUAACCCACGUAUACCGAACGACUCAGGUGCGAGAGAAGCGUCGACGUAGGUCCUGGUUAAUUGGAGAAAUUCCCGACGCGUCGUCGAGACGCACGCGUGGCGUCUUCACGGGCGUGGCAAUCGAUCGUGCGAUCCUGGGCCGCGGGAGAUUCGAAAUCGCGCGAUUCCGGGCUCCGGCCGGACUGGUUGAAAUUUCUCGACGACGAAGCCACCAGGAUACAUGGGUAUACGCAGAAACAAGUGUGAAGCAGACGGUAGUCGCGGCCUCGCGGACCGUCCAGGCCGGCAACGACAUAUUUUUUAAGCCUUUUAACGCAGAAUCGAGUUUUAAGCCCGUCGUUUUCAGUGAAAAGCUUUUUACCGCGGUGACCCAGCAAGAGAGAGAGAGAGAGAGAGAGAGAGAGAGAGUUUUUAUCGCCUGCCGUCACCAGGAAGUCUGACUCCCCGGAGUGUUUUUUAUCGAAGGACGUCCGAUGCUCCCGGGACGAUCUCGAGGGCCGCGACUGCCGCGAACAAUCGUAUUCAAUAAAUGAUUAUCAAGUACGAGACAAUCAUGGACACGCAACGGGGGCGGUCGAUCGGUACGACCCGUCGUCGAUCGUCGAGAAAUGGGGGGCGGCGUGGUUUUUAAACGAAUUCUAUUUGUUGAACGAUAUAUUGUUUAAUUUUGUUGAGGCCCGCCCCCCUUCGAGGCGUCGCGACGACGCGGCCGGGAACCCGUCGCCGCGCUCGCGAGGAAUUUCAACGCGAAUUGAUUUCGAGCACGAUAGAAGGAGGCGCACACGAGAUGUAUAGCGAUCGCCGGGCCACGAGAGGCGACGACAUUCGUAUACGAUCAUUUUCGUUCGAAGCGACUUAUCAGCGACGGACCAAUAUUUAUCGGUGAAACUGAAUUAUUUUUACCAGGGCCGGAAAGCGCAACGUCCAGCGCGAACGUGGCCGCUCCGUCUUUUUACCCCGCUCUCUGACACGCCACACCACCACCACCACCCCCCUACGCGCCCCCUUCACUCAACCCCCCCGACAAACCACCCCGACACCACCCGCUAGUUGGAGAACGCGAUCAAUAUUUUCGUAGAAAUGCCCGGCGACGCGUAUACCGCGGCGUGGAAGUGCAAGGAUCGCACGAACGAUUAACGGAGGGGUCGAUUUCCGACCCUGCGACACAGAGGGAAGGUUUCCGGCGGAAGGGACGUGAAGACGGCGGCGAACGGACGACGUUUAUUGGCUGUUCGUUUUCUAAAUGAGUUCACCCGAUUGAAUCAUCGCCUUAAAAAUGUAUACGAAGUAACACGUAAGGUAUCUAAGUAAUAAUCAUGUUAGAGGGUAAAGAAACUUAAAACAAAGAUUUUAUGAGCGGCGACACGAUUAUAGGGCAACGUGAGCGAGAGUUUUGUGCGUGUGCGUGCGUGCGUGUGUGAGUGGGUUACGCGAGAUUGGACGAAGAAUGACCACGGACGAGAGAGAACACGAUCUGAGCGAGAAAGAGCGAGAGAGAGAUAGAGAGAGAGUGCGAGCGAAAAGGCUAGAGAAGGGAUUUGGAUAAUGUAUAAUUAUCGUGUAAUUACGGCGAAACGAUGAUGUUAUAGCAGAACCACGUCGCCGACGAUGACGACGAUGAUCGUAACGACGACGACGACCGACGAGGGGAGGGGGGGUGGAGACGCACGGGCGUCCGUCCGGAAAGAUCGGCGACCGUCGUCGUUACGAUCGUCACGCGGGUGAAACGAUUACGAUAACGCUGAUGAUGAUGCUGAUAACCAUGAUGAUGAUAUAUGAUGAUGAUUAUGAUUAUGAUUAUGCUGACGACGACGAUGAUGUGUAUAGUAAGCUAAAAAUUUAUUAUAUCGGUAUGGAAUCAGAUUUUUUCAACUGUUUGCGUAUUGACGACCUAUUGACACCCUUAAGUAAAAAAAAAAAAAAAACAAGAGGAACGGCAAAUAAAUUUACUAAAACAAAAACGAAUUAAAUCGAAAUGUGUUCUGUGUUUGCUGAAACCGCUCUUCGCUGGUCGGUCCGCGACGUGGGGAAAAUUUGGUUAUCUCUUCUUAUUUUUUUUGAUCGAGUCCACGUUUCGAGACGAAAGGGGUGGAAAGAAAACGCACAGACGAAGGGAAACGAUACCUGUCGACGGAGCUGGACAAAUUUUUCUCGCGAGCAAAUACGAAUUUUCGACUCUAAUUUUCACGAAUCUAAAAUUUGCGUUCGUCGCGAAUAAAAGUAUUAAUAUCACGGUGUCCAUUUUGUAACGAGAGCCUACACACGCAUCAUCCCCCCGAUACGCGUCGAGACGCGGUGAACGUCUCGAUCGCGACGGAACAGCGUCGAUCAUUUUGCGUAAUCGGUCGAUACUGUUCGUACUAUUCACGGAUCGCGACGUGAUGACGAUGAAAGGAAGGACGAUGCAAAGGUGGUCUAUGUUAGAGAGUGUCCAUUGUAUAGUGUUUUUUGAAACGUGAGCAUUAAAUGCUACAUCUUGUGUA